ACAAGAGCAACCUCAGGAAUGAAUGGGUUCAGGACAUUCUGUCUGGACAAAGAGGGGGGAGUGUGGAAGAAGGACACAGAAAUGACAUGGCUAUUCCAAAUGGGGUAAAACACCACACGACACCAAACACAAAUCAACAACAUAGAAACAGGCCUGACUGUAGGUGCAUGUGAUGCUUGAUAAGAGUGUGGAUAAAACUACAAGUGAGAAAACUUAGUUGCCCUGACUUUUAGCAUUUCAGACAUUAGAGGCUUUUACAACCUGCAGAUACUUUCAGAAAUUAUUCUUGCCAUGCUGGUAGAGGGGAAGCAGUCUCUGCUGAGUGCAGAGGUGAUCAAGGUGAGCUUUGUCAGGAGCAGCAAGGGCAGGCUGCUUGGAAAGAGAGAGCAAACUGGAAGCUGAGUCACAGCAGGGCAGGCAGGGGCAGUGGCCUCACCAACAGAGGAGCAGUCCUGCAGUCCUACUUGAACACAAAGAUCAGAGCCCAUCAGGGUGAGGAUUUAGAUCAGCAGGGUAUGUGGCCAGAUGUGGGCAUGACUGCUCUAGCUCAGGCAGGGAUCAAGCGUGAGACCCUUAGCUGUGAUAAGCCUGCAGGCCAACUUUGCUAAGGUUUCUCAAAGCCAGACACCUCUGUUACUUAAGCUGGACCUGAGUCCAGGCAGCCAAUCUGCCAGAAGGUGGGGAAUAUGCUCAGGGCCCUGAUGUUCUUCUAUCAAACCUGCUUACAGCUGUUAUCUUGUGCCGCCAUGCUUGCUCAGUGUUCCUCUGCCAGACAGCAAAGCUGUGCAUAUGGCUGUGUUGAAAGUACAACAGAAGUCUUGUGACCUGGGUAAGGAUAAGAAGUCUAAACCUUUGAAGUUGGUUGUUUGAAUUGUCAAAUAUUCUAGCAUCUGUGGUAGCCGAAAAAAAAAAUCCAAACUUUUUUCAGAUCUAGGAGCAGAGCUGUGACCCUGUUUUGAUGGAAUGUUGUAUGCAUCCUGGCAGGUGGAAGGUGAAGCAUCGUGCCCACAAGCUAUGGUGAAGUUUCUCUGACUUUUCAGUAGGUACUUGCAGCAAAAAGGAUUAAAAAGCUUAAAAGGGUAUUUCUCCAGAGCAGGAGGAUUUUCAGGUGAGGUGCACCUAAGGGAAAUGCAGGGAUAUACUGCUGUUUAUGCAUAAAGAAGCAUAGAGGAUUGAGAAACAGUUCAUUGGGGAGAGUUUAGUCCCCUCUGGAAAUCUUCCCAGUCCCCUUAUCUUUCCUCCCUGGUAAGUUACUGGUGAAAUUACUUGGCCUGGCCUGUGGCUGGACCAGCUGAAUUCUUCCAUCCUUCUGCACUCCCAUUACCAGUGGUUUCUUCUAAUGCAGCAGAAGCCAAUAAGCAGGCUGCUUGAGAACUACAGUUUCUGAUAUUGCAGACAAUAGUCUUCUCUAGGUAAAGGAUCAAGGUCAGGCCCUUAAUACGUAUCAGCAGAUCAAACUGAGCAACAUCCCCUGAACAUUUAUGUUUUAUAUAGUAGAUCAGUUGAUUUCCUUAGGCUUUUGGGAAGACCUGCCAUCAGUCUGAGAGGGACUAGUCAAAGGGGCAGAAAAGUUUGUGCCAAUUGAGAGGCAGACUGUAGCAAAUAGUCAGGAAAGAAAUGUCGAAGGGAAGAUCCCAGUUUCAUCUGGUUUUUGGUUGUUUCUUUUGUGAAAGUUGUAGCUGAGGUGGGAUGUGAGUGUUUCCCGCCCCUUUCUCCCAUUGAUUAUGUUCUACAUUCUGUGACUUAUGUCUCACAGUCAUGCAGCAACUGUUCCUACCACAGCCAUGUGAAUUGCAGACUCUAGACUUCACAGAGCCUUGAUGCUGUGUCUGGACUCCUGAAGAAAUGAGAGGAAGACUUGUUCUUCCAAAUAAAAACCAAACAGAAAACCAAAAACCCCAAAGUCUUCCUGAGCAUUGGUGAUGAGGAAACAGGAUCUGAAUCUGAACUCAACCUGUUAAAUCAGCAUAAAUCUACAAAGUUCUAGGAGGGAGAACAACUGGUCUGGUAAGGCAUAGAAGUGGAGCCCUGGGGCCUAAGUAGUUAACACACAUAAUACCUCAAGGUCUAGGCAAUCUGUUGAGGGCUCAUUGCAUUAUGUGAACAAGAGACUCUCACUCUAGAGAUGGUUAUUGGUUGGUCUCUUUCUUCCAAGUUAAUAUCUCUGUCCAUGCUCACAGGAAAAGGAAAAGCACAUUGCAGGAUGCAGUGCCCUUCUAGUUUGGUAGCUUAAUUUUGCCCCAUCCAGAGUUUGGACUCUGACAGACAUUCCUUGAAGCUGAGCAUGGGAAAAAUCCGUCAGUCAGCAACAGCUGGUCGUUAUAGUGGCUCCUGAGCAGAGCCACGUUUUCCAGCUGUCACUUUUGGGAUCUUAUUGCAUCACUUGUGUUUGGGGCAGGCCAGCCAGGUAACUUGCAAUAGUCUGCUUUCCCUUUUCUUUCCUAGGCAUUGUAGGACAGUAGCUCCCGAGCCCUGGGACAGACGCAUCUGGCUUGCAUAGUAGACUGCUUUUUAGUCCUUGAAGCAGUCUGAAGAGACAUUCCCUAAAGGAUGAAGCCGCCUGUAACUUGCCGCCUUUGUGCUGAGCCUUGUGUUUUAGGGAUGUGUGGUGCUCCCCUGCCCUCCUAGCCUGGUCUGCAAGCCUCAUCCGCGACAGGGCAUUGGAAGUUCAGUCUCACCUGUGACAGUGUGCUGCCAUCUACUGCUGAAACCCUUUGUUGCGGGCUUUCCUGCAAUUCCUGGGUUCAGCCACCAUCUUCAAGGGCUGGCUGGGCCCCCAGGAAUCGGGGGAGUGGCAGGUGGGAUGCAGGCAGACAUCAUCUGAGAUCUGGCUAGCACUGGUGAGGUGCUCUCUAAAAAGAAACUGCAGCUGGUGAUUUGUACUUUGAUAAUUUGGCAGUAAUGGAACUGGUGCAUUCAAAUGUACCCAUGUUCUGCAAUCCUAAUGCCCUCUGUGUUUCCCUGCUGCACAGAGAGCCUUGUGUGGGGCUUGGAAUCAAGCUGUGCCAGGGCAGGCACAUAUCUCCUCUUGUGGUCCAGCGUAUUUACAGCACCUCCUGAGACGAAGAAGUGUGAACAUCACACCCAGAAAUACCCACCGUGGCUCCCAUGGCUGAUCUCACUGUUACUCCUCUUGACAUGCAUUGCCCUUGUUGUUGUUCUCCUUGUGGCUCCCUUCUCCCACAGCAGUGACCAGCCCACAGCCCUGCAGGAGAAAUUCACGGCGUGGGAGUGCGACUCAGCGGUGUCAGAAAACAAAGACCGAGGCUGGAUGUGCUGCCCGAAGGGCUGGAGAAGGUUUCAAAACAGCUGCUAUUUUCUGUCCCUUGAUAAGAUGGCCUGGUCUGAGAGUGAGCAGAACUGCACUGGGAUGGGCUCCCACCUGGUGGUGAUCAACAGUGAGGAAGAGCAGGUUUUCCUCUCUAAACAGAUAAAAACAAUUCUAAAAGCAAUGAAUUUCUACAUUGGUCUGAGAGCAGAGAUUGUGGAUCAGUGGCAGUGGGUGGACAAGACUCCCUAUGAUGUAACAGCAGCGUUCUGGCGAAGAAAUGAACCAAGUGAGGGUGAUUAUGAGAAGUGUGUUGUAAUUCAUAGGGAUUCAGAAAUACCCAACAACUGGAAUAAUGUCGGAUGUCAGAUGUUUUAUCGGAUUUGUGAAGCUGCUGCCGUAACUCUGUGAUGGAAAUACCCUCAUCCUUAGUAAAAAGUGGGAGAUGAGCAGUGAGCUGAGACCGGCGCAGGGCUGUGCUGGAGGAGUGGGGAGCCCUGAAGCCUGCAUCUUCUCUGUGCUGGGUGGGAUAAUGGAAGUGAUACGACCCUUUGUCCAGCAUCCCCAGUGCAUCAAGGGGCUGAGGGAACACUUGAAGGCUGAGGGUCAUCAAAGCUGGUCCUGUGUUCUUGUGUCCUCUUCUCUCUGAGAGGGUCCAGAGGCCACUGGCAGAAAAGACAUGGAGUUCUCCAGGAAGAAGACACAGGAAUGGAAGACAGAUGUCCUGAGCUGCAUUUUCUUUCUCUCCUUGAGCAGAAGUCUCUGCUUUCUGUUGAGUCACAUGCAGAAUGUCCCCCAGUUGCACUGGUUUUGUUGAACAAGUUCUGAAAUUUAUGCAAGAGAAAAUACAGUAUUAGACCAACAAAAAGGUCUCUGUGUAGUGUGUG